AUGGCAGUGACAGAUGCUCAAAAUCCUCUUCUUGGAGAAGACACCUGCGGUUCCUUGUUAAAUAAGCUGCGGGAAAUAUGGGAUGAGGUUGGUGAGAAUGAUGAAGAGCGAGACAAGAUGCUUCUUCAGUUAGAGCAGGAGUGCUUGGAUGUGUACAAAAGAAAGGUUGAGCAGGCUGCUAAGUCGAGGUUACAGCUACUUCGAUCCUUGUCUGAUGCUGAACUUGAGCUUUCUAGUCUUCUAUCAGCUCUUGGUGAAAAGAGCUUCACGGGAAUUCCUGAAAAAACUUCAGGUACUAUCAAGGAACAGCUUGCAGCUAUAGUACCAGUACUGGAACAGUUAUGGCAACUGAAGGAGGAAAGAAUAAAGGAAUUUUCAGAUGUACAGUCACAGAUCCAAAAAAUAUGUGGAGAGAUAACUGGGGAAUUGAACCCUGAUCAGACAGGAACAUUUGCAGUUGAUGAAUCUGACCUGUCCCUCAAGAAGUUAGAUGAAUAUCAAUCCCAACUCCAAGAACUUCAAAAGGAAAAGAGUGAGAGGUUGCACAAGGUUCUUGAAUUUGUGAGUACUGUGCAUGAUCUUUGUACUGUCCUUGGUAUGGAUUUCUUCAGUAUCGUGACUGAGGUUCAUCCAAGUUUAAAUGAUUCUACCAAUGUUCAUUCCAAAAGCAUAAGCAAUGGCACCCUAGCUAGGCUGGCUAAGACAGUCUUAACACUUAAAGAAGAUAAAAAGCAGAGGUUGUACAAGCUCCAAGAAUUAGCUUCUCAGUUAAUUGAUCUGUGGAAUCUAAUGGAUACCCCUCAAGAGGAAAGAAGACUAUUUGACCAUGUUACUUGUAAUAUGUCAAAUUCUGUAGAUGAAGUCACUGUUCCUGGGGCCCUUGCUUUGGAUCUGAUUGAGCAGGCUGUAGUGGAAGUGGAAAGGCUUGAUCAGCUGAAAGCCAGCAGGAUGAAAGAAAUUGCUUUCAAGAAGCAAGCUGAACUUGAAGAGAUAUUUGCCUGUGCUCAUAUGGAAAUUGACCCAGAAGUUGCUCGAGAGAAGAUUUUGUCACUGAUUGAUUCUGGAAACAUUGAACCAUCUGAAUUACUGGCUGACAUGGACAAACAGAUAGCAAAUGCAAAAGAAGAAGCUUUGAGCCGAAAAGACAUAUUGGACAAGAUUGAGAAAUGGAUGUCAGCAUGUGAAGAAGAGAGUUGGCUUGAAGACUAUAAUCGGGAUGAAAACAGGUAUAAUGCAAGUAGAGGUGCACAUUUAAACCUCAAACGUGCAGAGAAAGCUCGGGUACUGGUCAACAAAAUUCCAGCUUUGGUUGAUACUUUGGUUGCUAAAACUCAGGCUUGGGAAGAAGCACACGACAUGUCAUUCACAUAUGAUGGUGUUCCUCUUCUUGCUAUGUUAGAUGAAUAUGCUAUGCUCAGGCAUGAUAGGGAAGAGGAAAAACGAAGGAUGAGGGACCAGAAAAAGUAUCAUGAGCAGCAAAGCACAGAGCAGGAACCUGUCUUUAGUCCAAGACCAAGCCCUGCUAGGCCAGUUGGCAACAAGAAGGUAGUUGGUCCUCGUCCUAAUGGAGGAGCAAAUGGUACUCCUAACCGACGGCUAUCUCUUAAUCAAAAUGGAAGUAGGUCAACAACAAAAGAUGGAAAAAGGGAUAAUACUAGACCUGUUGCUCCCAUGAAUCAUGUGUCCAUAUCAAAAGAAGAUGCUGCUUCCCAUGUUUCUGGUACUGAACCAGUCCCAACUUCACCCUAGUGAGAUCUGUAUUUUCAACACCAUAAUGUCAUCUUUGUAACAUUCUCAUAUUACUAGUUACUGUUGUAGGCAUGAAGCACCGAUACUCCGAAUUUUUUUUCCAACGUAUCCGAUACGCGUAUCGGAAACGUAUUGUAUCGUAUCGACGAAUUAACGGUCGUAUCGAGAACAUAUCAGGAACGUAUCAAAAACGCCGUGUCGGAGUCGGUGCUUCAUAGGUUGUAGGAAUAUAAUCUGUUAGUGACAAGU